AUGGUAAAAAGAGCAGCUGAAGUUGCCUUUCAACUGCUCGACAUCUUCUUGCUGUUUGGGGCUCCUGCAAUCCUUCAAAGUGACAAUGGUUCAGAAUUUAUAGCUCAUGUCAUCACAGAAAUAAAAUAUCUUUGGCCAAAUCUCAUCAGGGUCCAUGGAAAACCAAGACAUCCCCAAAACCAAGGUUCUGUGGAACGUGCCAAUAAGGACAUCAAGGAUAUAUUGAUUGCUUGGAUGUCAGACAACAACACACAGGAUUGGUCCAUUGGUCUUCGUGUUGUUUUCCUUGUCCAAAACAUGAAGAACUCCGCCUAUCACUCAGGUAGCAAGCGCACACCAUACAAAGCUAUGUUUGGUUGUGAUCCUCAAGUGGGUCUAACAUCAUCAUGUCUCCCUUCAGAGGUUAUUGAGAGACUUCAGACAGAAGAUGACCUGCUUGCCCUUAUUUGA